AUGCAACCUGAUCAAUUAUAUAUUUUUAUUGAAAAAUAUCGUCUUGAAUAUUUAAUAUGUCAAUAUCAUCUUCUUCAUUAUCAACUUUCUCAUAAUCAAUCAAUUGAAUCAAUAAAUACUUUAAUUAAUUUACAAUAUUAUAUAUAUCCAUUAAUAUUUUCUCUUCCAUGUACAAUAAUUUUAAUUGAAUAUUUUUAUUGUCAAAUGAAUUAUAAUCAAUGUUUAAUACUUAUUAAUAAACUUAUAAGAUUUUGGUGGUCACAUAUAACAUCACGUGAAAAACUUGAAUUAGGUAAAUUAAAAAGUUUAUCAUUAAUUAUUGAAUUAAAACAAGGUUCACUUGAAUCAGCUAUAUUAUCAGGUUAUUUUGCUAAACGUUUAUUAACUGGUUAUCAUGAAAAUAUAUUUCUUAUUGAAACAUGUAUACAUUUAACAUUAGCAUUAAUUGGUGAAAUGCGUAUAUCAAAUAUUGAAUUAAUUUUACAACAUUUAGAAUAUUUAAGUGAACAAACAAUGAAUUCUUAUGCUAAAUUAUGGUAUUAUAUAUUAGUUAUUGAUGUUGCUAUUGAACUUGGUUAUGAACUUAUACCAAUAACAAAUGAUUUUCUUGAAAAUAUAACAAAAUAUCGUAAAAAACUUCUUACAGGUGCAAAUCAACGAAGUUUAUUAAUUAUAUAUAGUGAUUGUACAUUAGCACAAAUAUAUAUACGUUUAGGAAAAUUAAAUAUGUCAAAAAUACAUUUUCAAUUAGUUAUACAUCAAAUAAAAUAUGAUCAAAUGUAUUUAUCAAAUAUUGAUUUUCGUUUUAAACGUGCAUUAUUAAAAUUAAUUGAAACACAAUUAUUAUAUUGGUAUCAUACAAAAGAAUAUGAAGAUAAUAUAACAAAAGAUUAUUUUUUAUUAAAUAUUAUUGAUAAUCAUAUUAAUGAUAAAUUAAUUCCAUGGAAUAGAACAAGAUAUUUUAUUUAUCAAGCUUAUUAUGAUAGACUUAUUAAUGAUUAUAAACGAGAACAACAAUAUUCUAUUGAUAAUGAUUUCAAUUGGAAAUUAAGUUUACAAGAAGCUGAAAUCAAUGCUAUUAAACUUGAUCUGGAAUGGAUUAAACGAUUACGAGAUGCAUGGUUACAUCCUAUAUCUGAACAAAUAUCUUUACAAAUUAAUCAAUCAAUAUCUAUUGAACGACCACGCACAUCAUCAACAAUGACAAAUAAAUCAAUUAAUCGACAUUUUAUUCGACCAACUGUAUCUAAUAUAAAAAUAUCAUCAAAAAUUGACAAACAUCCUGAUGAACAAUCAACAAUAACUAUUCGUAACUAUUCUCAUCAAAAAUUUGUUGAUUGGCGUUUAUUUUUAACUAAUAACAAUUUACCAAAACUCCAACUUUAUAUUCUUCCGUUAAAUGAACUUAAAGUUACAUCCGUUUUUAAAGAAAAUGAACAUUCACCAGAAGUCUGUUCCAUAGCAACAUUACCGAUAAUGUCUACUCAAUAA